UGUGUGUGUGUGUGUGUGUGUGUGUGCGUGUGUGUGUGUGUGUGUGUGUGUGGCUCUUGGGCAGGUGGAUCUAGUGAAAAACAUCAGUAAGAUCCCUCAGCCAUUUCUCUACACAAGACAUGUUCACUUCAUGAAUUUCACCAGGUUCAGGAUAGAGCAGCCUGUCUACAUCAACAUAAUCCGGGAUCCCAUAAGCCGGUUCCUCUCCAACUAUUUCUUCCGUCGCUUUGGUGAUUGGAGAGGGGAGCAGAACCACCUCAUCCGAACACCAGGGAUGAAAGAUGAUGAGCGAUACCUAGAUAUAAAUGUGUGCAUUCUAGAGAAUUACCCUGAGUGCUCCAAUCCUCGAGUUUUCUACAUCAUCCCCUAUUUCUGUGGACAACACCCUAAGUGCAGAGAGCCUGGGGUGUGGGCUUUGGAGAGGGCCAAGCAGAAUGUGUUGGAGAACUACCUCCUUGUGGGCAUCUUGGAGGAGCUGGAGGAUGUUCUGCUUAUGCUGGAGAGACUCUUACCCCAUUACUUUUCUGGAGUACUUGACAUUUAUAAGAGUCCAGAAUAUCGAAAAAUGGGAAACCUGACUGGCACGGUCAGAAAACAUACGCCUACUCUGGAGGCCCUGCAGGUGUUGUAUCACCGCAUGCGCUACGAGUACGAGUUCUACGACUUCAUCCGUGAUCAGUUUCACCUUAUGAAGAAGAAAAUUGGCCUGAGAUCCACCUCUCGCCCGCCUGUCUACCCGCCUGAUUUCUUGCGCGAGCUGGCCCUUCGAACACCUGAACCUUUAGAUGAAGAUGAGGAGCUAGACUCGGACCUGGAGGAUGCCAACAGCUGGCUGGUUCAUCCCUGAGGACUGUGUAAACAGUGGAUAAAGCCAAACAAUAGAGUCGACUAAAACUGGCUAAGGAAAAGCAGGAGGCAGCCAGAGGAAUAGUGGCAGCAUGUGCCAUCUUUUGGAUGUUGGCACCUUUACUUUGGAGAGUUCGGUUUUUCCGUCUUCAAGCUCUUAUUAUGAAAGGCCCAGCACUUUGGACUUAAGCAACUGAAAGAAACAAAAAUUAUCUAUUUAAAAACUGGACAAGGACAGAUGGGAAUAACUACAGGCUCAAAUUAUUUCAUGAUCGGUUUUACUGGAGCUUGUUAUGAGGAUUUUAUGAUCUCAAAUGCUAUAAUCUCCAGGAGAGAUUAGCGGACAAUUUAAUGUGUUGGGAUAUACACUAAAUGUUGAAGAGGACUUCAGAGACAUUUCCAAUCAGACUUUUAUUUUAUAAAAGUGCUGAUUUAAUUAAAAAAAAUGACUUGGAGGGUGGGGAGGGAGUGCCAAAAGUAUUGUAUGUAUAUUAGCUGUCCAGGACUGUUAUAAGUGCCAAAUCUCAUUAGGAUUUCCAGUAACUGUGAGACAGGAAGCUUUGGGAUCACAGUUGGUAACAGUUGCAUUAAGUUAAGUCAGUUGUUAUAAGAUGUUUAUAACAUUUUAAGGAAUUGUCAAAUGUUACAAGGUAUGAAUGAGGGUUAAACCAUACACAUCUAUUAUGAAUUCAGAGAAUUCCACCUAGAUGUACAUGAAUGACUGAGUUUGACCUCGCCAACAGAGUAAUUUAGAGUAGUUUUGUUAUUUGGGAAAUACAAUUCUUUGGCAGUAUGUCAGCGGUUUGAGUCGCAUGCUAAAAGCAUUAGGGAGCCUCAUUUGUAAUCCAAAGGUGAAAAGAAAUCAGAGAUAACCAAAUAACAGUGUUCUGCUGUGAUGCUUUUUUUUAAAUCUGUAUAAAUAUCCUGCAGGGUUUUUUUGUGUGUGUGUGUGUGUGAAAUAAUGCUUUGUGAACAUCUGCAGCAAAAUGAGGGAUUUGAUCAAAACUGGAUAACAUUUUGCCUUUUAUUUUGACUCGGUUAUGUAGUGGUGAAUGAUAUUUGCUUGCAAGGCAUGGAAGUGUUUGUGUGCUCUUUUGUGUUUUAGAGAGUACUGAAUUCUUAAAGUGGCGUUCUUUAAAAGAUUAUAAGCAGUUAAUAUCUCACCCACAGUAAAAACUCUCUAUAUAUCUUAAUUUAGCGUUUUCUGGAUUUCCUGUUACUACAGGCAAAGGCUAAUGGCUAAGCAGAACUGGUCAGGCACCAAAGGAUUUUACGGCAACUGAAAUCUCAACUGAAUUUUUAGAUCACCUGAGAAACCUUCAACUUUCUUUAGGUUUGCUUGGCUUUUGUUAUUUACAGAGGAGUCGAUUUAAUGAAGCUCAGAGAUGUUGCAUCACCAAUAAUGUUCCUGUAUCAAACAAGUACUUAGAUCAGAGAUGGUCACAUUUCCAGACAACAUGCAUGAAAGAAAAUGUAAUGCAAAUCAAUUAAAAUGUCUGAUUUGCAAACUUUAUUUUUCUAUAAGGUUGUGACAGAUGUUUCACACAGGUAAAUAUUAUUGGUGCUUCAGCUCUUAUACUAACUAUUUUGUUUAUAGUAAAUAAAGACACCCACCAAAGGCUGUUAACUGCUUAGGAUCUUUGAAAAGAGCCACAUUAAAAAAAUAAAAAUAAAAAAUCUGAACUUGAGUUAUCUGUUUAAGUCAGCUCACAGUAACUUUUUUUUAUUUUUAUUUUUUUUUUAUCAUUUUGCAAUAGCUACUGGUAGAAGUAGUAUAAAAUCCACAUAGCCAUAAGCUAACAUGUCAACUACAGACUUAACCUACUCCUCAUAACUCCCAUCACCUGUCCUCUUGGUAUUGUUGCAUUUAUGUUUUAAGUGUUUUAUUUCAUAUCGAUUUAAUUUAUUAUUUUGUAAUCAUUUGCAUUCAAGAUAAAAUUCUCAGGAAGGAAAACAGUGUUUAGUGUGUAUCAUGUCUCUCAAAGUGAUGAGACUGUACAUGCCAUUUCAAUGUGUCUACAGGGGAAAACUGGUUCGUAAUAAAUUUGUUUCAUCAUUUAAGGCC